AGUUUGAUCCAUUUCGGGACCCGUACUACUUCGGACUUUUGGCGGUAAAGUGCGCAGUUUGUGACAGCUCGGAGUACUCAGUGGCGUCAUGGCGGAGGAUGACGCUCAGCGGCUGUCUCAUACUCAGCGUUUGAAGGCUGCGGUUCAUUAUACCGUGGGGAGUCUCUGCCAAGAGAUCGCUGAGGACAAACAGGUAAACUACAGCAAGCAAGCUAUUGCAGCGAUCUCAGAAGUCACCUUCAGACAAUGUGAAACAUUCGCAAAGGACCUUGAGAUGUUUGCACGGCACGGAAAAAGGAGCACGAUUAACAUGGACGACGUGAAACUGCUGUCCAGGCGCAGCCGAUCACUGUACGCACACAUCUCUAGCUACAGCAAUGAAAUUGCCGCCAGCAACCAAGAGCAGAAGGAGAAAAGAAAGAAGAAAUCUGUUAGCACUGGGAAGAGGCAUUCAGGUGGAGAUUCUGCAGUGGCAGAAGGCGAGGACCACAACAUGGAAUAAAGGAGUCAUAUGCUGUACCCUUGUGGUACAUAAUGUAAUAUUCAUGGUAUUUCUAUCUGACCUGUGUCACUGCAGUGUCUCAUCCAGGCAUGGUGUAAAUAUAAUGAGAAUUACUGCCCCAGGUGUAAUGUACCACUACCUACAUAAAUAAUUGUCAGCUCCCAUUCAAGAUAAAUGACAAAACAUCUUUAUUGAA